AUGGACGUGAACGACGUUAUUGAGACUUUGAAGCUAGCCUUUCCAAAUGCGCAGUUGGUACUUCCCAACACUACUGCGUUCACCGCUCUCAACACAUCGUAUCUUUCCAGCGCACAGGCCGACCUUCAGCCAAGAGCGAUCUUCUUACCCAGAGAUAGGGAUGAUGUCGUCAAGUUUAUACGCGUCGUCAAGCCCUAUGCACUGCAGGGCGGCGUGAACUUGGCUGUGCGAGGAGCGGGUCAGCAGCCUGCGCUUGGAUGCAACAACGUAGACAAUGGCAUCACUGUCGACUUGCGCAACCUGACCGGUAUCCAUCUCAAAGAUGAUGAUGCAAUUGUUUCAAUCGGGGCAGGUGAGCGCUGGGGCGAGGUCUAUUCUAAACUUCAGGAGAAAGGACUCGCCGUCACCGGUAGUCGCUCCAGUAUGGGUGGCAUUGGCGGGCUCUGUCUCUCUGGUGGCCUCUCCUUCUUCUCCACUCGAGAAGGGUUUAUCACGGAUAACGUAACAAAUUUCGAGGUUGUGUUAGCAUCUGGAGAAGUUAUCAACGCUAAUGCAAAGGAGAACACGGAUCUGUUUGGCUCUCUCCGCGGUGGAGGGAAUAACUUCGCUAUCGUUACCAGGUACGACAUGAGGACGUUUAAGCAGGGCAAGUUCUGGGGCGGUACCGUCUUCUACUUUCCCAACAGUUUCCCAAGCCAGGUGGAAGCCUAUGUCAAGGAGCUCAAAGAUUCGGAAGCGACCGACGAGACACACAUCAUGAUUGGUGCCGGUUAUAGUGCCGCAUUCGCUCAGAUCAGCGAAGUUAUGUGUAUGAACCAAGUGUAUUAUACCAAGGAAGUUGAAAACCCGCCAAUCCUUGACCCUUACAUUAGCAUGCAGCCUCAGCUCGAUCAGAUGAGAUCAGUUCGUAUGCUGGAUCUUGUGGACGCAGCAAAAGAACAGGCCGGCCAUGGAUCCUCGACCUCUAGAAUUUCUUACAUCAACACUACCGUCAAGGCCGACGUUCACACAUUGAUGGCAGCAUAUGAAACCUAUGUGAAUGCACUCGGACCUCUUAAAGUCAUCGAAGGCCUCACCACAUCGUUCACACUCCAAGCCUAUCCCAAGUCUCUCCUAGACAAGACAGCGUCUGCAGGCGGAAACUCGUUGGGGAUCGAUCCAUUGGACGGACCACUCAUGUCGAUCUUGAUAUUGUCCUUCUGGCAGAACAAAGAAGACGACGAAAAGAUACAUUCGACAUUCAAGGGUGUUAUCGAAGCUGUUGACCAGGAUGCAGCGGCGAGGGGGACAGCAGUCCCGUACAAGUACAUGAAUUACGCCGCGCCUUUCCAGAACCCUAUUGAUACAUAUGGCGAGGGGAAUAAGGCCAAGCUACAGGAAACCAGUACGAAGUAUGAUCCUGAGGGUCUAUUCCAGAAAUGUGUUUUAGGAGGCUGGAAAUUGUUCGACUGA